GAAAAGUUUUUUUUUUGAGGAAAAAUUGGAGCUCCCGCGGUGCCGCCCUAGCGACAGCGUUUCCCACCGCCGGCGCUCCAAUCCCAAUCCCAAUCCCACUCCCACUCCCACCUCUCACGUGCGGCGCCGCCGCCGCCGCCAUUCCGGUUCUUCCUCGCCGGCGCGUCGCGUUCCCGCCGUCUCCACUCCGUCCCGGUCUUCGGCCAUCGGGCUUCGAGGCACCCGGCGCACCAUCUAGAUCCGCCCCCAAAUCGCCAUGGCGGGGCAGUCCGACCCGCAUCUCUCCCUCUUCUCGCCGUCCGAGGUGGAGUUCGUGGCCGAGGAUGAGAUCGUCGAGAUCGUCCCCAACAUCCGGAUGGAGGCCCUGAACAUGAUCUGCGGGGAUUUCGGACCCUUCUUCCCCCAAAUUCCAAGCAAGGUCCCUCUGUGGCUCGCUGUGGCGCUCAAGAGGCGUGGCAAGUGCACCAUACGUGCACCCGAGUGGAUGACUGUUGAGCGCUUAACACAGGUGUUGGAUGCAGAAAGGGAGUCACCUAGAGAAUUUCAGCCAUUACCAUUCCACUAUAUCGAAAUAUCUAAGCUUCUGUUUGAUCAUGCUCGUGAUGACAUCACAGAUGCUUACUUGGUGAGAUCUUUGAUCGAGGAUAUCAGAGAUGUCAGGUUCCAUAAGGUCGAGACUGGAUUAGAGACAAUAUCUGGCCGUACUCAUGCUGUGAAGCUCAAAAAUCUCUCUGCAAUGGAGGUGAAUAUCGUGCGUCCAUUUAUGGUGAGAACUUUGCAGGCGUUCUACAAGCAUGAUAGCCCACAGAUGAUUCAGCAGGCAGACAACACAGGGAGCAGAUCAACACCAGUCACAGAUCGCGGUCCAAGAAGAGACCUAAGGCGCAGGUAACGAGCAUACUCGUGCCGGAACAGCUGAGGCGCAGGUAGUGAGCGGGACAUCCAUGUGCGCAUCACUUGUAUUUGCGGAUAGUUUUCUGCAUAGGAGUGGAAUUGUAGUGAACAAAGGUACCCGCUGCGCUGUUGUCAUGCGCUGUAUGUUAUUAGCUGAAAAGCCAUUUUAGUUCCCUCUGCGUGUCGAUUUUAUCCCACUGUAUCGGAUCGUGAUGGAUGUGUGUUUAUCUAUUAACCACAAGGUUUUAGAA